UUCGUGAUACUACCAUUGCUUGCUUAAGCUUUCAUCUCCAGCCAAGGCUAGCCUAGCGAGUCGAGAUAACCCUGGCCAUCCACUGCUGUCCCCCCUGUAAGAGUCGCAUUUCAGCCACAGGAGAGCUUGAGAACCAUGGCAUUUCCUAGCAGUGGUGUUGGCCUGCUUCAACAAAACCAGCCUAGCAGUGAUUUGGAGCCAUCGCAACUACAAUUACAGGAACAUUCACAAGAAGCACUCGACAACAAUGCUGCACAAGCGACUUUGGUCGCGCCCUCGGCCUUGGGCACGGAGGCUGCGUUUGAAGUAGAUCGUCAGUCGUCUACCUCAACACAAGGUCAAGGUCCUCAACCAUGGCAAGAUUCUCCUGCCAGCAAUGCGGCAGAGGCAUUAUCAUCGCCAAUAAGCUCCAUCCUAUCGCCGCACAACAGCAUUAACUCGCCAAAAUUCCCACCGAUCGAUCCUUUGAUUCUCAAUUCCGCGAGCAGCGCAAGCGGAACAAAGUCAUCCUUGCCAAACGAGACAGGUGAAUCACCGAAGCGAGGGAGGGGGCGUCCGAGAAUCUCUGAGGAUGGUGGACUAGACACUGCUGUGUCGACGGCGGGCGCAAUACGGCAGAGAGGUAGUACUCGACGAGCUUCGAACACAUCAAUGAGCGGCGCCAUCGAUACUGGAGACAAACGCAGCGGCACGGAAGCCAAGAAGAACAAGAUCCGCGCACGGAACCGAGAGGCAGCUUACAAGUGCCGAAAGAAGAAGCAGAAGGGAGUUGAUGAGCUGCAAACUCAGGAAGCGAUGGCUGAGAAUAUCAACAAGAACCUCAACGAUGAGGCCGCCUUGCUCCGAGGCGAGAUACUCAUGUUGAAGACCAUGGUGCUCCAACACGGUGGCUGCGGGUGCUCCUUUAUCGAAGAGUACAUUUCCGGCGCGGCGCAAAACUUGGUAUCCUCGAGUAUGGCAGGGGGAGCUUCCGCCUCGACCUCCGCUGGAGGGAUGCAGAUGAAUAGCCAACCAUGCCCAACAAACGGCAUGAAUGGAGAAUUUUACGUCGACUGGAAGAUGUUAGACGACAUGGAUGCAGAACAAGAAAUGCCCUCCAUGGGCUCAGAAAAUCGCGUUUCCGGACUUGACGACAUGGCCGCCCAAAGCGCGAGGACAUAGCUCAGGACAAGAAAAACCUGAGGUCAGAAGAUGGAAUGAGGGACAAGUCAAAUUCAACGAAGAAGGCGUUUGGAACCAGGUAGAAAGAAAAGAAAAAGGCUGCUUGCUCA